UAACGCGUACCGUUAAGAACGGAAGCAAAUUAUCGGUGCGCGACAAACGGAAUACAUAUGUGUAUAUUAUGUAAUUGCAAUUGCGAAAGAUCGUUUUCUAUCAUCGUCUGCUAAUACGUCGCCGCGUAUUAUCGAAUUACGAUUUUGAUCAACAGCGUCAGGAAAAUAUCGCACAUUACGUGCUAUGCGUGAUAUGAAAAUAUUUCAACUGCGAUUAAGAACGCGGUGAGUAUUGCACAAGGAUUUAAAGGAAAAAAAUUUAUUUUGCGAUAUUGAUCAAUAUUUACAAAAGUAAUGAUUUGUCUCUCUGUGUGUCUCAAACUUUUCGUUGGCAUACGUGGCGCCACGUAACGUGGUAAAAUAUUAUUAUUCACGCACGUAGAUCACGUAGACUCCAAUAUUGCCGACUGCACGUACACGUAAUUUGCACACACACGCGCGAAAUACAAUUGAAUUAAAAUAAAUAUUAAAAGGAACCGCGGAUCAAAAGAAUAUAAUUAAAAAAAAUAUAAUAUGGCUUUUUUUCACUACGCAUGUCUGUUUCAGUAAUAUACACAUAUAAGUCGACAAUGUUUUUACAAGGAAGAAAAUCAGUUAAAAAAAAAAAAAGGCUCACCGAUGUGAAAAAUUUAAAUAACUUUGAAAAUUUUUGUUUUAACACGUGUACACAAACAUAUGUAAUAACAUUGAUACGGCGCGAAGUACAUUAGUAUGCUAAGUGUUUCUAAUAAGACAAAUUAAUUUAAUAAUCAUUAAAUCCGCGAUAACGUCGCUUUUUAUCACCACAUGUUUAUUCUGCAUGACUGGUGAUAAUGAGGCACAGAUAGAUUUCAAGAUAUCCGAUUGCCAGACCUCUCUUAGAUCGAUUACGAUAUACGUAUACGUGUGUGUACGUGUGUGUAUGUAUAUAUUACAACCUGCAUUCAAUCGUUCAUUCAGCCCGCGCGUCGCAUAAUGCGGGAAUCGCAUAAAUAGUCGCAGUUUCGUGAAUGAAAGCAUCCAUGCGACGACGCGACGUCACGAUUAUCACCUAUAUCUAAACUUGUUACGUUGUCUAACAUCUUCUAGCUAAGAUUCCAACGGCUCGUAACAAUGCGAUGCCGCGUCGACGGAAUGCGCGUAGUUACGAAGUCAGAGAUUAAACGUAUCAGUAAAUUUCUGCGUACGAAUGAUUAAACGAAAAGUUAUUAUAAAUUUGAUUAAAUAUUAAAAAUUUAUCCGCCGAAAGAUAAGUUAAUAGAAAAUAUAUUUCAAUUUUUUUUUUUAUUUGGUCAUUAAUAAUUUUUUCCUAAAAUAUGUAAACUGUAUACAAUUGCAUUUGUUUCUUUGUAUUUGUUUGAGCAAGAUUUUUUUUUAUUCACAUCAAUAAGAUGCAAUAGCGCUCUUGUUACACUAAUAAUUCUACACAACAUUAGUAUCGCAUUAUACAAUAAAGACGUAUUGUACGAUUGUAUCGUACAAUAAAAAUGUCACAGAGCGCCGCGAAAGCAUCAAAUGUCAUAAUAGAUGAUAUCACGUAUCGCAGGACUGGAUAAUACGCGGAACACGAUCCAGGUGCAUGACUCUCUACAAUUUUGCAAGAGCAAUAAUCGGUAGUUUUUAAUAGAUGUUUUGUGCACCGUUAUUGUCUCCCGUUGUGUUUAUUUUUCAUCCGGUGACAAUGCUGAGCUUAAAGUGCGUCGCAAAGACGACAGACGCUAGAAUAGGCGUCGUCAUUGUCCUCGGCGCGGUGCACGUGGAUGACCGACGAGACAACACGCAAGCUCGCUCGAGUACGCCCGGCUGUGCUAACUCACCUCCGGUGUGGAAAACAAGUCUCCGCGCGCUUGGAAUUUCAACAUUGCCGCGCGCUGCAGUGCAUUGUGACCGUCCAUCACGCGGAUCAUCUGUUACGCAGUCGGCGCAAAUUGGUUGGCUGUCAAAUUGGUUGCCACGAAGCUGUGGAAGAAGGGACAUUCCGGAUGCACGCUCCGAUGCACGUCUACAAAUUCAAAUCAUAAUUCUGUUUUACUGCGUCUGACACGUCGAAAAUGCGGAAAGACUGAAAGAAAAAAAAACAACCAGAGAAGAUGAAGGAUUUUAAAUCUUUCGCGAACCGUUAGUUCGCGCUUUUUUGUCGCACGGACUGGAGCAAAUAAUCUUCUAUGCAAUCAGAAAAAUAAUUAAAAAAACACGUGAUAUAUGAUACCAUCAUUUUCAAAUAAUUCAGUAUACAAACAAACGGUUGCCUUUAUUUAUAUGCGUUCGAGCACGCGUGUAAACGCAAUGUCAAAAAAUAAGCGAAAUCGUCGAGGUUCCGAAGACACAAGGAAAACAUUGUUCGCUUGCUUCUAAUCAUCGAGUUAGAAUUGUUUCGAUUAACAAAACAAAAUAUGGAAGACAUAAAAGUGCCGAACUUAGGACAGGCAGCGUCGGCCGCGUGUUCUAUGGCGACUAAUUUCUUGGCACCAGUAAAAACCGAGCGUCAGAUCCUGGAAAACUCGAUGCUCGAGGAUGAUCCUAAUGCCAAUUCGGUGGUACCGUCCUCCCAAGAAGACAUGACUGUGCCCAGAUGGGGCCCGAAUCACAAAGGCGCUCAGGAACUCGCAAAUUUGUACAGCACCGGAAAGAGAACACAAGAGUGCAUCUGUGUGGGAAUUUGUAUCACUCUCAUAGCCGUGAACUCUCUAUUCGUGCUCAUCAAAUUACGACUGGAAAAUUUGAGUUCCAUAGCAAUAGCUGCAUUAUGCGGCAUCAUCACGGCCGAUUUCGGUUCCGGUUUGGUUCAUUGGGCCGCGGAUACGUGGGGAUCUGUCGAACUACCGAUUUUGGGAAAGAAUUUUCUACGACCGUUUCGUGAGCAUCACAUAGAUCCUACCAGUAUAACGAGACACGAUUUUAUAGAGACUAACGGUGAUAAUUUUAUGGUCGCAAUACCAGUCCUGUCGAAGCUAACGUGGGACUUUCUGACGUUGCCCGAAGCAGAAAUGCAACAGAAGUUUGUUUGGACAUGUUACUGGUUCCUGUUGGCCAUUUUCGUAGCAAUGACUAAUCAGAUACAUAAGUGGUCACAUACGUAUUCCUUACUACCGGCCUGGGUGAUUUGGCUCCAAGAGCACAGGGUCAUUUUGCCGAGAAAGCAUCAUCGAGUACACCAUGUCGCGCCUCACGAGACGUACUUUUGCAUCACUACAGGAUGGUUGAAUUGGCCGUUAGAAAAGCUCCAGUUCUGGUAUAUUUUGGAGGUGAUAAUCGAGAGGACUACCGGUUGUAAGCCCAGAGCUGACGAUCUGAAAUGGGCGCAAAAACGUUCUUGAGAAUUAAUUAUUGCUUUCCUUUCGCUGCUGUACAUUUCACUGUACAAUCAAGAUAUUUAACAUACGCCAAAAAAAAAAAAAAAACGUCCGAAUGAACAUC